UAGCGGCCGCCCCCCGUGUCCUCCGUCCGACAAUCAUCCCUCCUGCGUCUCUUCUUGAGUAUUGCAGAAGUGGACAAAAAUGGAUGGGCCUGGGGAAUUUCAGUUUGUCAACUCGAACUGCUCUAUCUCUGAUAUGGAUGAUUAUGACAUCUCACGUCUCAUUGGGAAGCCAAGGUUGAACAUAGAGAGACAAAGAUCAUUUGAUGAGAGGUCACUGAGUGAACUGUCAAUUGGUUUUGCAAGAGGAGGAGCGGACAAUUUUGAGACAUAUUCACCUGGAAAUAGAUCUGGUCUUGACACUCCAGUUUCAUCAACUCGGAACUCAUUUGAGCCUCACCCUAUAGUUGCUGAUGCAUGGGAAUCCCUUAGAAAAUCCCUAGUAUAUUUUAGAGGCCAACCAGUUGGCACAAUCGCAGCUGUUGAUCAUCAAUCUGAGGAAGUUCUAAACUAUGAUCAGGUUUUUGUUCGAGAUUUUGUGCCUAGUGCUCUGGCCUUUUUGAUGAAUGGUGAACCAGAUAUAGUUAAGAACUUCUUACUGAAGACACUGCAUCUUCAAGGCUGGGAAAAAAAAGUAGAUCGGUUUAAGCUGGGUGAAGGUGCCAUGCCAGCUAGUUUCAAAGUUCUUCAUGAUCCUAUUAGGAAAACAGAUACUAUUGUAGCAGAUUUUGGUGAAAGUGCAAUUGGAAGAGUUGCUCCCGUUGACUCUGGAUUUUGGUGGAUCAUUUUGCUUCGUGCAUACACAAAGUCUACUGGGGAUCUAACCCUGGCUGAAACACCAGAGUGUCAAAAGGGAAUGAGACUUAUAUUGACUCUGUGUUUAUCAGAGGGGUUUGAUACAUUCCCUACUCUGCUUUGUGCGGAUGGAUGCUGUAUGAUUGACCGAAGAAUGGGUAUUUAUGGCUACCCUAUAGAGAUUCAAGCGCUUUUCUUCAUGGCAUUGAGAUGUGCUUUGGCAAUGUUGAAACAAGAUGCAGAGGGGAAAGAAUGCAUCGAGCGUGUAGUGAAGCGUCUGCAUGCACUAAGUUUUCACAUGCGUGGUUACUUUUGGCUAGAUUUCCAACAACUAAAUGACAUUUACCGGUAUAAGACCGAGGAGUACUCACAUACUGCAGUAAAUAAGUUUAACGUUAUUCCUGAUUCAAUCCCAGACUGGGUGUUUGAUUUUAUGCCAACACGUGGUGGCUACUUUAUUGGCAAUGUCAGUCCUGCUAGGAUGGAUUUCCGAUGGUUUACUUUAGGAAAUUGUAUUGCGAUUCUGUCUUCUCUUGCAACACCAGAGCAAUCAAUGGCCAUAAUGGAUCUUAUUGAAGCAAAAUGGGAUGAAUUGGUUGGGGAAAUGCCCCUAAAAGUAUGCUAUCCUGCAAUAGAGAGCCAUGAGUGGCGAAUUGUGACUGGUUGUGAUCCCAAAAAUACCAGAUGGAGUUAUCAUAACGGAGGAUCUUGGCCAGUGCUAUUGUGGGUGCUGACGGCUGCUUGCAUCAAAACGGGGAGGCCACAAAUAGCGAGACGCGCAAUAGAGCUGGCAGAGAAUCGGUUACUGAAGGAUGGGUGGCCAGAGUAUUAUGAUGGGAAACUGGGGAGAUAUAUUGGGAAGCAGGCAAGAAAAUACCAAACGUGGUCCAUAGCAGGUUAUCUGGUGGCCAAGAUGAUGUUGGAGGACCCCUCCCACUUGGGCAUGGUUUCCCUGGAAGAAGACAAGCAGAUGAAGCCAGUUCUUAAAAGAUCGUCUUCUUGGACUUGCUAACGGCUUCAGUUGAUAUAUUAGCAGUGGGGGAAAAGGAACAAGAGAUUAAAACGAGAUUAUUGCUUUUAAUAACAGGAACAGUGUAUUCUUCUGGGCCAGCACCUUCGUCAUUGGCUUCGUUGAAAGCGGGGCUCGUGUAUAGUGGCGGCUGCUGCCUGGACUCGCCUCGCGUCACGCUUUCUCCCAAUAACGAACACAAACUUCCAACAUACCAGCUCAUACAUGCAAGAAUCCUUGACGCUGUUUAGGCCCCCAGCGAAAUUUUUUAGGAUUCCGCUUUGGAAUAGUGCUUCUAAGCACGGCAUUUUGAAAACAAAUGAAUGAAUGAAAAGGUAAAACCGUUUGAAAAUUUAAAAUUGAAUAACAUCAGAGUAUCAGUGGCUAAUAAGUUUGCACAUAAAAUUUGAAAUCUUCAUAU